UAAACAAAGUCCACUUUAGUUUAGUAUCCAUCAUCGUUUGGCCGUGAAUCGUAAAAUCCACAGUACCGAAUAUGUCGAAGCGCGUGAGCAUCAUUCUGCCCGGGGAGAUGGAGCCGCCGCCGCCGCCGCCGCCGCCGCCACCGCCACCGCCGCAAGUGUCACCAAAGUUGCUGGUCAAGAGCAGCCUGCGGAAGGCUUCCAGCAGCCUCUUGGCACUCCGGACUACGUCCAGCUAUCAGCCACCAGGCACCAGGCUCAACCCGCGAACCUCUUACACCAAUCAGCGGAGCUUGAGCCUCCCGCAGACGACUUCAAGCAACAGCACGAGGAGCGCCAUGCAUAUGACUUCCAGUGGUUGGUCCUCCAGCAGCCGCAAUUACUUCAGGGAUCCCACAAACACCAACACCCAAAGAUGGAUUCCGGCUCCGAGGAUGGGCUCUGACGCCGAACAGCAGACCAACUCGCAGGACAUUUCGCAGAGCGACGUAACCCAAGGGACGAGCAUUUCCACCAAGUCCUCCGUUCGGAGUUUCCUGGAGAGGGCCGUCAGUGUGGUGGGUGCAGGUUCCACGACAUCGCUCAUAAAGUUCUUCAACUUCUUCAGGGGGGAGAGCAGCAGCAGUGCGAAUAGUCAGCCAGAGCACUCCCCACACUCCAGCCUCAAUCCCGCCGAGUCUCUGACUCUCUUUCGCAGGGAAGAGGCCUUCCCUGACGACGCCAGCUCCGUGCAGCUGCAGCGGAAGAGCAGCUCGGGAGAGUCGCCCUCCUUUUGCCCCAGCUCCCAGCCCUCUGUUGUCUCGCUGAAGAAACCCUCGACCAUGAAAGUUCUUCCCCAAUCCAGUCGCAGGUCCCUGGCUAGCGUGGGAAGGAGAAGCACCUCCAGGUCCCGCCCGAGCGUGCCGGAGUUUUCCUUUGCGCUGGUCAGCACCGAUGGGACAAUCAAUCCCGCAGGGGAGGCAAAUCCAACGCCAAAUCCAAGCAAAGGCCAAACCCCGGAGCCUUCGAGUGCCAGCAAAGGCAAUUCCGAGCCGCCCAGCAGCGAGCGCUGCGGCUGCUGCCACUGCGUUCACAUGCGGCAUGCCGUGGCGCAGGUUGAGUUCAUGGCCUCCGACGAGGGCCAGUGUCGGCAGCUGCUGCAGCUGGCGGCGAAGAAUUUCUUCCUGGACAUUUGCGCCAUGUCUGUGGUGCGGGAGCGGAUCCUCAACGAUCUGCACGGCACCGGGCCGCAGCGGCCUUCGCCGCGGAUCAGCUACCCCUUGGCCAUCACGAGUGCCCGCCGCAUGGACAAGCGCUCGCUGGCCAUCGAGUGGUUUGUGCACGACUACCGCGACAUUGCCCACUACGAGAUCUACGUGGACAAUGCCCUGAGCCGCAGCAUCUACAAUCCGCGAACCCUCAACACUGUGCUCCUCGACAUAGAUACCUCCACGUGCCACAAGCUGCGAAUGCGUCCGGUUCCCGUGCAGGGCCGCGCACCGGGUGCCAAGCCAGAGGACAGGAUGGUGCAGCAGCUGCGGGAGCUCGGCAUGGACAGCGUCACCGCUGGCACCCUCUGCCAGUGCCUCAAGCGGCAGCAGGACGAGCGCAAGUGCAAGUCCAUGCUGGAUUUUUGGACAGACAGCGAGUUCCUCUACCUGCCUGGGGAGUGCUCUCGAUCCUAAACAAAUGGUUCCAAUAAAUUCUGAUUACGUUGUUGAAA